GUUGUUAACAUUGAUACUUAAUAAAAAAUAUAAAAAAAUGGCAGAACAAGAUUCAUCACUUUUUAAUUCCGAAUUUGUUGAACAAGAAGAAAUUUAUGAAGAACAAAUUUUAAAUGAUAAUAAUGAAGUUGAAAGUUCUAUGGAUGAAGAUGAAGAUGAAAGAAAUGAUGAACAACAGAAUGAAAUUGAAAAUGAAAUGAUUGAAUUGAAAGAUGAUUCUAUACAAGGAUUUUUUGAUCAUAAAGAUUCUGUUUAUACUAUUGAUAUAAAUCCAAUUAAUGAAAAUCUUAUUGUAUCUGGUGGUGGAGAUGAUAAAAGUUUUUUAUGGAAUAGUGAUACUGGAGAAAAAUUAUUUGAAUUAUUAGGUCAUACUGAUUCAGUUACAAGUGCAUUAUUUAGUAAAGAUGGUCAAUAUGUAGCAAGUGGUGGUAUGGAUGGUAAAGUUAAAGUAUGGAAAGUUGAAAAUAGAGAAUUUAUCUUAUCAUUAGAAGGUCCUGAUGAAAUUGUGUGGUUAGAUUGGCAUCCAAAGGGAAAUAUAUUAUUAGCAGGAGCAAAUGAUUCUACAAUAUGGAUGUGGCAAGUACCUUCUGGUAAUUGUAUGAAUGUAUUUUCGGGACAUUCAUCAUCAGUCACAACAGGACAGUUUACACCUGAUGGUAAAAAAAUUGUGUCUGGUUCGGAAGAUAAUUCAUUAAUAGUUUGGGAUCCGAAAUCUGCCAAUUCAAUCUAUAAAAUAUCAGGCGAAGACGCAAGAUUUCAUAAAGAAGGUAUAACUUGCUUAGCAGUAAAUAAAGAAAGUACAUUAGUAUUAUCUGGAUCUUCUGAUGCUUCUGCUAGACUUGUCAAUUUAACAAAUGGAAAUAUUCUCGGAUCAUUUGAAGAUCAUACUGAAUCUGUUGAAACAGCUGGGUUCUCAAAUAUUUUACCAUUAGCAGCAACGGGUUCUUUAGAUGGUAAAUUAAAUAUUUGGGAUGUUACAACAAUGCGAUUACGUCAAACAUGUAAUCAUGAUGAUGCUAUAAUACAACUUCAAUGGCAUCAUGAUUCUCCUUUAUUAACCACCUGUUCUGCUGAUAGAACUGUACGUGUAUGGGAUGGUAGAACCGGUAAUUGUGAAAAAACUUUCUAUGGUCAUCAAGAUACUAUUCUUGGAUUUGCUAUUUCAAAGGAUGGUAAAAAAAUUGUCACUGCUGGUGAUGAUCAUGUUUGUCUUGUAUUCAAAUAUUAAAUUUAGUUAUUAUGUUAUUUAGAUUUUACUUAUUUAAAUUUCGUAAUUAAUAAAAUAAAUCAAUCAAUAAUACUUUAAGAUAUAAAAAGUCCAAUCUACCAAAUAACCAAAAAAUUUAUUAAAAAACAUAAUCUAAAUAAAUUAAAUACAAAUGCUAUGAUAUAUAUAUAUAAUAAGAAAUGAAAAAUAUUUAUUAGGAAUUGUACUUCUGGCAAAAGAAAGCAAACAAAAAUAAAA